AUGAAGGUGGUACACGGCGCUGAGAUGAGCUAUACCAGCAGCGGCUUGAAGCACCGGCCCGGAGCUCCAUUGUUCAAGUUCUUGCUGCUGGGCGAAGAGAAUACGCCUGAUAAUUUCCUUCUCAUGCUGGCGAGACAAGAACGCUUCUACUCUCCGCGCCAUCAUCACAAUUUCGAGCAGUUCCGCUAUGCAUACAAGGGCGAUAUCACGCUAGGUGAAGGUGAAGACUGGCUCUUGAAAGAGGGAGAAGUCGCAUACUUCCCCGAAGGCGCAUGGUAUGGCCCUCAGAAUGAUGGGGACGCUGUGAAGGAGGUGCUUGUGCUGCAAUUUGGCGGCCCCAGCGGACAAGGCUUCCUGAGCUUUGGCCAGCUGAAAGCGAUCCAGGACGGCAUGGACGCCCAGGGUCUUGGGAAGUUCGAGGGAGGAAAGUUCGUCCCGGCCAGCGAUCCUUCCAAAGCCAUUGAUGGAUACGAAGCGCUCUGGGAGAACAAACACAGCCGGAAGCUGGAGUAUCCAGUUGCGAGAUACAAGCAUCCGUUGCUGAUCGACUCCCAGGCUUUCUCCUGGCGGAAACUUGACCAAGAAGCACGUGGAAACGUCCUAGUCAAGCCUCUGGGGGUCUUCUCUGAUGGCUGUGUUUCUGCACAAUUCCUCCGUGCUGAAAAGGGAGGUUUGAGACUGCCUGAAAAGCAGGCUAUACAGUUGCUCUUCGUCCGUAGCGGCACAGCCAUGGUCAAUGGAAUGGAAGUACGGGAACAAUCAGCGGCGCAAUUGAUGGUUGGAGAAGGUGCGGAGAUAGCAGCGGACGACACGGCGGUGGAAAUACUCCACUUUACCCUGCCUUCGCGCUUCGAUUGA